AUGACUUUGUUCAGUUUGUUUGGGAUCUGGCUCCCUCUCCUUUUCCGGUGUAGUUUGUGUGUGUGUAUAUAUAUUAUAUACACACAGAUUCAUGGCCUAAGAUAGCGGCUUUUUAUGUAUUUUCUCUCUGAAGUUUCUCAACACAUCUGAUAGAAAAUGGGAAGAGCUGCUGCAGCUCAUUCAUCAUCUUCUUCAAUAGAUAGCAGCAACUAUCCUGAUCAUCAUCGUCCUAGCACUACUGCCUCUUCAUCUUCUUCCUCUCUUUCUCGGAAAAUCAAUGGAAAUUCCAGAGCAGAUUUGAGCACUGAUCUGAGACUUGGCCUGAGCAUCUCUCCCUCUCAUCACAGUGACUUGCCUUCCACUUCAACCCCAAGGGAGCAAGCAUUGAUAAACUGGCCACCAAUCAAAUCUAUCUUGAGGAGCACACUUGCAGGGAGAGCAGCAGACAACAGGCGCCAUCCCUCCCUAUUUGUGAAAGUCUAUUUGGAGGGCAUUCCAAUUGGUAGAAAAUUGAAUUUGUUUGACCAUGAUGGUUAUUCUGCUUUGAUUUCAACGCUUUGCCUCAUGUUCAAGACCACCAUUCUAUGUCCUGAGGAAAAUCAUGUUCAUUCAGACAAAUAUCAUGUACUGACUUAUCAAGAUCAAGAAGGGGACUGGAUGCUGGUUGGAGAUGUGCCUUGGGAGAUAUUCUUGACCACCGUGAAAAGAUUGAAGAUCACUAGAGCAGACAGAUGUUGAAUUAUAUUUUGGUCAUCCUCAGAGACUCAGAUACAGUUUUGUUGUCGUGGUGGUUUAUAACUUCGUACUCAAAGAAAUUCAGAACUAAUAUACAUAUUUUGGGCUACAUCCAAUCUUGUGUAAAUUAUCAAAUAUGUAACAGUUGCAGUUUCUUUUAUUCAAGCAAUAUUAUAUUCUAAUUUAGAUAGGGAGAUUGGAACUUCAAUGUGAGAGAAUAGCACAUUAUUCUAGCUAACUUAGCUACACUUGUACGUGUCCGCAUAACAGUUAAGUUGUAUAUGUUUAUACUUCUAGUAUUUCACUCCUUUUUA